GGUUGGCCCGGCGGGGGUGGGAACGCUAGCGGAGCCGCGUUAAAGGCGCUCCCCGCCCCGCCCACCGGUCCAGUACUCGUAGUGCGCAGGCGCGGGGCUCUCUGCUUGUCUGUCGGCGCCGCGUGCGGGCUGGUGGCUCUGUGGCAGCUGCGGCGGCUGGACUCCGGCACCAUGAGCGGCUUCAGUACCGAGGAGCGCGCCGCUCCCUUCUCCCUGGAGUACCGAGUAUUCCUCAAAAAUGAGAAAGGACAAUAUAUAUCUCCAUUUCAUGAUAUUCCAAUUUAUGCAGAUAAGGAUGUGUUCCACAUGGUAGUUGAAGUGCCACGCUGGUCUAAUGCAAAAAUGGAGAUUGCUACAAAGGACCCUUUAAACCCCAUUAAACAAGAUGUGAAAAAAGGAAAACUUCGCUAUGUUGCGAAUUUGUUCCCGUACAAAGGAUAUAUCUGGAACUAUGGUGCCAUCCCUCAGACUUGGGAAGACCCAGGGCACAAUGAUAAACAUACUGGCUGUUGUGGUGACAAUGACCCAAUUGAUGUGUGUGAAAUUGGAAGCAAGGUAUGUGCAAGAGGUGAAAUAAUUGGCGUGAAAGUUCUAGGCAUAUUGGCUAUGAUUGAUGAAGGGGAAACCGACUGGAAAGUCAUUGCCAUUAAUGUGGAUGAUCCUGAUGCAGCCAACUAUAAUGAUAUCAAUGAUGUCAAACGGCUGAAACCUGGCUACUUGGAAGCUACUGUGGACUGGUUUAGAAGGUAUAAGGUUCCUGAUGGAAAACCAGAAAACGAGUUUGCUUUUAAUGCAGAAUUUAAAGAUAAGGACUUUGCAAUUGAUAUUAUUAAAAGCACUCAUGACCAUUGGAAAGCAUUAGUGACUAAGAAAACGAAUGGAAAAGGAAUCAGUUGCAUGAAUACAACUGUGUCUGAGAGCCCCUUCAAGUGUGAUCCUGAUGCUGCCAGAGCCAUUGUGGAUGCUUUACCACCACCCUGUGAAUCUGCUUGCACAGUACCAACAGAUGUGGAUAAGUGGUUCCAUCACCAGAAAAACUAAUGAGAUUUCUCCGGAAUACAAGCUGAUAUUGCUGCAUCGUAUUCAUCUGGAUGUAUUAGAUGUAAAAGUAGUAGCUUUUCAAAGCUUUAAAUUUGUAGAACUCAUCUAACUAAAGUAAAUUCUGCUGUGACCAAUCCAGUAUACUCAGAAUGUUAUCCAUCUAAAGCAUUUUUCAAAUCUCAACUAAGAUAACUUUUAACACAUGCUUAAAUAUCAAAGCAGUUGUCAUUUGGAAGUCACUUGUGAAUAGAUGUGCAAGGGGAGCACAUAUUGGAUGUGUAUGUUACCAUAUGUUAGGAAAUAAAAUUAUUUUGCUGAAA